CGGGUGUUAUACAUCAAGUGGAAAAUUGUCGGUGAAUCGAAGCAAAACAUCGAUAUUUUCGAUGCAUCGAUGUUUUUUCGACAUCCUUACUGCUGAAUCUUUGAAAAUAAUUACAAUUCGAAUAGCGCGUAAGAUGCAAAACUCGUAAAAAAGUAAAGAAAAUGGCAAAUUGGACUAAAAAUCAACCAUCAGGUAGUGCAACUCGAAGAAAGUGGAAUUUAGAAGAUCGUACGUCGUUAAAUAAUUUGAAGUAUCAUAUAGCGGCAGAGGGUUGUUCUGAGGUGCAGUAUGACUUGGCCAAGCAAUUGCUAGACAAAGACAAAACAAUAGAACAAAAUGAAGCUACGUCGAGCCAACAGGCAAUACACUGGUUACUUCGCGCAGCACAACAGGGACAUGAAGACGCAACUAAGCUCCUACAACAAUGCUUUGACGAAGGUUGUGGCAUCACCACCGAAAACGAAUCUGAGGUCCGUUGUUGCUUAUCAAUGACACCAGGUGAGCGUGCAGCUCGCAAAGCUGCUCGGGAACUAUUUUCCUGUCUCUCUAAUGGUGGUGAACACAUAACUCCACGCCAACUUGAGCGAAAAAUGCGUGAGAUUUAUAAUAUUCAAAAGAAACGCCGGAGUCAUGGAUAUUCAACAUCUACAUCAGAGGAGGAAACCGAGGAUGAAUGUACGAAUAGUCGACGUGAACCAUUAACAGACGCUGCUACCAUUGGUAACGGGCAUGUUAAUUUGCAUCAACGGCACCGACAACAUAGACGACGUGUUACGUCUUACUCAAAAGAGACAUCAGCAACUCCAGUGCGUGUUAUAACAGAAGAAAAUCUGGUAUCCGCUGCAGUCAACUACGCCGCGGGUCGUAUGCCUGCAGUAAACGACGAUUUAACACUGUCUGUACACCCAGCGACUUUGGAUCAUGUGCCAUGCUUCCAUCGGCUGCUAUUCCAUCCAAUCUAUUGUACUUUACUCUAUCACCGUUUGGUAAAUUUUAUAGCCACAUUUCCGACAACUAUACCACCUAGCAUACUGGCUUUACUUUUCGCGUUUUACUGGCUAGCAACAAAUGAUAAUCUGACGGUAUUUUUGCCAUUGGGAUUUUACUAUUUAUCUUUAGCUAUCAUGAUCUGUUCCACAUGUAAAAUGCUUAAGACAAAGCAAGAUUUCAUCGAUUUUCGCAUAUGGUCGGGCCUAUUCUUAAGCUACGGAGAUCAUAACGUCGAGGCUGACCUUUCGGAAAACCUAUUCCUAAAGAAUAAUCUUAAACCCUAUCUGUAUUUCUUUUGUGCCUUCAUUGGAAAUUUAAUUGUAUCACCGUUGAUAGCAAACGGCUGGCUCCCGCAUUCUGAAUUGACUAUUACUUCAUGCAUUUUUGUUUUUACAUCGCUUUUAGCGUUUAUGUACUCCUCAGCUCGCAGUUUUCCUGACUGGAUUGUGCUCGUUUCCUUCGGCGUAAAUGUGCUUGCCAAAUACCCUUAUGAAAUGGACGAUGUUGUUGCAACAGGUUGGCGUUUUUUGGAUCUCAAAGUACCUACAUUUUGUUCCUUUGUAAUUGGUAACGGCAUUGAAUUCUGCCUAAACUGUCGCACUGCGUUGUAUUUGCUUAUUCCGGUGUUAUUGAUUCAUCUGGCUGCACGCAAUCAUUGGCGUGGAAUCUACACACACCUUAUACCUCAUUGCGUGACGUUGAGUUGGCUACAAUUAUGUAUCACCACAUCGCAGAGUGCCACCAUGUUCGGCAUGGUGAGAGCAACACUAGGUUUGGCUGGCAUAUUGCUCUUCUUACCCUUGUUUGGAUUGGUUUCGUUGCUGAUUCCAGUAUUUGUGGCAAUUGAUUGGAUGGGAUUCACUGAUCCAGGCAUACGUUUGGGCAGCACACUUGCAGCGGCUGUACUUGCAUUACUUGGAUCAUGCUUUUUAGCAUUGAAUAGAAGAACGCAGAAAUACGUAACUGUUUUACAGGUUGUCGUUUGCAUUAUAGCUGCUUGUAUACUUACAUUACCCUACAUGACUGCUAAUUUCAAGGAUUCACCGCGCUUUGGAAAUGUAAUAUCUCUCGAUAAACAUGCACCUGCAAUCGAUAGCUUAGGAAACAGCCACAACGUGGUAGAGGGAACAGAUUCAAUCCGUGACAACGAAGAGGAGCAUAUUCCACACAUUUCGGGCCCUCUCAGUUGGCAACGUUUCUAUACCCUUUGCGGUCAACCAGCUGCUGAAAAAAAUAAUAAAAUCAAGACUCAACUACGUUGCGCCCACUUGGAAGGUAUGGCUGUGGUAUGGACAGGUACUGUAACUCAGGUGAAAAUCAGUCGAGUAACAAACAUACGUGCCGAAUACAUAAAUAAAUAUUUACCACCAUGGUUGAGUCGCUUGAUACGUUGUUUCUAUGGUACACGCCUAAGCGAUCAACUACACUGCACCAUCGAACUGAAGGAUACACAUUGCAUGGAUAUGCAGCGUUUGCUAAAACUUAGCGAAUUGCAAGAUUCUUGCUCGUUACAUGACUGGAAUUCGUAUGAAUAUGAAAUACAUGUACGCAUGCCAACACAAGGCCUUCUGAGUAAGAGUGCGGAUAUUGUGCUUCAGGCCAAUCAUAAAUUCAGCAAUUUCACAAAAUCUUUAAUGGCAGAGGAUCGCAUUCAAUUCUAUGGCACUCUGCAAAAUAGCCGACCGCCGUUGGCUAAUGGUAUGCGUGAUCGGGAGGAUUUUAUUUUAGGCGCUUCUCAUGCUC